AUGGAAGUGGAAGUGGAGAGUGAGAACCCUUGGACCGUGGUGGUGGAGGAAUCAGAACCAACUGUGCUCGUCAAAGAUGUAGUCAUCGAUGCCGAGAAGGGCAUCUCGAUCCGCAUCUUCAGACCAACCACAACAUCAACAUGUAGUAGUAGUGAUGGCAAGACGGAGACUAGUACCCGAAUGCCCAUUACGUUCUACCUCCAUGGCGGACUCAUCCUCAGUGGUUCAUCCUCCAUGUUCAGUGACAAAAUUUGCGAGCAUGGUGCCAUCUCGUUUCCUGCGUUAGUCCUCCAUGUGAAUUACCGACUGGGUCCAAAUCACCGGCUACCGACGGCCUUCUAUGACGUGGAGGCUGCAAUUCGGUGGGUUAGGAAACAGGCAUUGGACAGCGAUGGUGAGCCGUGGUUGAGGGAAUUGGGUGACUUCUCGCAGUGUUAUAUUGUGGGGUGGAGCAGUGGUGGCAACAUCGCUUACUUCUCCAUGCUGCACUUGUUGGGACUAGACCUUGAGCCAGUGAAGUUGUGUGGGUUGAUAUUGAGCCAGCCUGUGUUUGGUGGGGUGAAGAGGACAAGAUCAGAGCUGCAAUAUGCCAACGAUCUGAUAUUGCCUCUGUCCAUGACGGAUCAGUACUGGAAGUCGAUAUUGCCGGUGGGAGCGGAUCGUGACCACGAGUUCUGUAACCCCAUGGUGGAAGGGUGCACCACUGAUAAGAUUAGAUUGUUGGGGAAAUGCUUCGUGAGGGGGUUCGGUGGGGAUGUUAGCACCGACAGACAGAAGGAGUUGGUGGAGAUGUUACUGAAACAUGGCGUCCAAGUUGAAGCUCAUUUUGAUGAGAUUGGUUUCCAUGGGAUUGAUCUCGUCGACUUCAGAAGGGCUUCCAUCACUUUCUCCAUGCUCAGAGAGUUCUUAACUGACUAG